AUGGGAAGGAAAUACCCGGCAAAGAGACCUAAGCCAGUGUUGAUGACGGAGCAUGAAGGGGACGUAUUUGUUUUUUGUACACCGAGCUACAAGAGCAACCGGACGAGGGUGUUUAAACUAGACUUGAAACAAUGUGGGUGGCAAGAGAAGAGAGAUAUUGGAGGCUUGACGUUGUUUGCAAGUUUCCCUAGCUCUUUAUUAAGGGCCGGUCUCUCGGCGGAGGAGAGGAACAGAAUAUAUACAUCGCUCACUGAUGGAAUCCACUACUCCAUGAAAAGCUCUCAUCUCCGUCAGGGAUCCUGUGUGUCUAGCUGCAUUGAUUGGGUGGAGCCACCUCACAACAUGGCUUAA